GGGCGAAGAUGCGGCCGGCCCAGCCCCGGCCCAAGCCCUGGGCCACUGACCUCCUGCCUCUGCUGGCCCUGGCCCUCCUCCUGCCAGCCCAAGCCCAGAGCCCCGCUGCCCUCCCCAAAGAUAAGUUAUUAGUCAUCACUGUAGCAACAAAAGAAACUGAUGGAUUUCAUCGAUUUAUGCAAUCAGCAAAAUACUUCAACUAUACUGUGAAGGUGCUUGGUAAAGGAGAGGUUUGGAGAGGCGGAGAGGGCAUGAACUCCAUAGGUGGGGGCCAGAAAGUGCGAUUGCUGAAAGAAGCAAUGAGAGACUACGCUGACCAGGAAGACUUGAUUGUGAUGUUUACUGAAUGCUUUGAUGUCAUUUUCGCUGGUGGUCCUGAAGAGCUACUAAGGAAGUUCCAGAAGAUUAACCACAAGGUGGUGUUUGCAGCCGAUGGAUUAUUGUGGCCAGAUAAGAGAUUAGCUGAUAGAUAUCCUAUCGUCCAUAUUGGAAAACGUUUCCUGAACUCAGGAGGAUUAAUUGGCUAUGCCCCCUCUGUCAACCAGAUUGUUCAGCAGUGGAACCUGCAGGACAAUGAUGAUGACCAACUCUUUUACACUAAAAUUUAUAUUGAUUCCAUUAAAAGGAAAGCCAUUAACAUCACCUUGGAUCAUAAAUGCCGGAUUUUCCAGAACCUAAAUGGAGCUAUUGAUGAAGUUCUUCUGAAAUUUGAAAAUGGAAAAGUGAGAGCUAAAAACUCCUUUUAUGAAACCCUGCCAGUGACAAUUAAUGGAAACGGACCAACUAAAAAUCAACUGAAUUAUUUUGGAAAUUACAUUCCCAAUGUUUGGACACAUGAAAAUGGCUGCACAACAUGUGAUCUGGACAUGAUUGAUUUGACAUCAUCAAAGGACUAUCCAAAGGUAACAAUUGCUGUUUUCAUUGAGCAACCAACACCUUUCCUUCCCCGAUUCCUAGACCUGUUGUUGACGCUGGAUUAUCCAAAGGAAGCCCUCAAUCUUUUCAUUCAUAAUAAUGAAGUUUAUCAUGAAAAGCACAUCAAGGCAUUUUGGGAAAAAGCAAAAAAUAUUAUAACAACUAUAAAAAUUGUGGGUCCCGAAGAGAGCCUCAGUCAAGCGGAAGCCAGGAACAUGGGAAUGGAUGUUUGUCGCCAGAAUGAGCACUGUGAUUAUUACUUCAGCCUUGAUGCAGAUGUGGUUCUGACCAAUCCAAGUACCUUAAGAUUAUUGAUAGAACAAAACAGGAAGAUCAUUGCACCUCUUGUGACCCGCCAUGGAAAACUCUGGUCCAACUUCUGGGGAACAUUAAGUCCUGAUGGAUAUUAUGCUCGAUCUGAAGAUUAUGUGGAUAUCGUUCAAGGGAACCGGGUAGGGUUGUGGAAUAUUCCAUACAUGGCUAACGUUUACUUAAUUAAAGGGCAGACUCUCCGAACAGAGAUGAAAGACAGGAACUAUUUUGUCCGGGAUAAAUUGGAUCCUGAUAUGGCCCUUUGCAAAAAUGCUAGAGAAAUGACUUUACAAAGGGAAAAAGACUCCCCUUCUCCGGAAACAUUCCAUAUGCUCAGGCCCCCAAAGGGUGUAUUUAUGUACAUUUCUAAUCGACAUGAAUUUGGAAGACUCUUAUCAACUGCUAAUUACAACAUUACACACUAUAACAAUGACCUCUGGCAGAUUUUUGAAAACCCUGCGGACUGGAAAGAAGAAUACAUCAAUCGCAACUACUCCAAGAUUUUUACUGAAAAUUUGGUGGAGCAGCCGUGCCCAGAUGUCUUUUGGUUCCCUAUAUUUUCCGAAAAGGCCUGUGAUGAAUUGGUUGAAGAAAUGGAGCAUUUCGGGCAGUGGUCUGGAGGAAAGCACCAUGACAGCCGGAUCUCUGGCGGGUAUGAAAAUGUUCCCACGGACGAUAUCCACAUGCGACAAAUCGGGCUGGAGAACGAAUGGCUGCACUUUAUCCGCGAGUUCAUUGCCCCGGUAACGCUUAAGGUCUUUGCUGGCUACUACACCAAGGGGUUUGCUUUAUUGAAUUUUGUGGUAAAAUACUCUCCUGAAAGGCAGCGCUCCCUCAGGCCUCAUCAUGACUCUUCUACAUUUACCAUCAAUAUAGCUCUCAACAGUGUGGGAGAAGACUUUCAGGGAGGUGGAUGUAAAUUCAUAAGGUACAACUGCUCUAUUGAGUCCCCCAGGAAAGGAUGGAGCUUCAUGCACCCCGGCAGACUUACUCAUCUUCACGAAGGACUUCCUGUUAAAAAUGGAACACGCUACAUUGCAGUGUCAUUCAUCGAUCCAUAACUUAUUUCCCCUUCAGAAAGUCAAAUUCUCUCUCUUUUUUUUUAAGUUUUCUCCCUUAAAAGUGCAGUGUUGUUCUUUGAGAACACAAAAAAACAAAAAACAGUUUUAGAAACAAAUUUUAUAAAACAUCUUUACUUAGGACCCCGAACUGGGAAAAACAGUUUAGAACCAUUUGUGGAUGCUUCCAAGUAUCGAGUCUGAGCCGGGAGUCCCGCUGGGAAAAGCAAAAGAAAAAAAGAAAAUAUAUCCUCCAUACUUCUUCACUUGUUGCUGAGAAGACACCAGAAUAGAAUUGAUCUGUUACUUAAAUCCCUAAACACAAACAUUUGUAGAAGUGUGUGAUGGUUGAAAUGUUUGCUGCAGAGAAGUCUGGUGGAAAAUAGGGGUGUCGCAUGUUCAUUUUGAGCAUGAGGGAGGGAGGGAUGGGUGAAAAGAGGGCAGAAAUUUCAGAAGGCUGAGGGCUGGGAGGUGACAGAUUUAAAUGAGUUAAUAGGCCAAAAAGCCUUCAGUUUGGGUCUUUCCAGCCUGUAUUGGAAAUGCUCAGGUCCUUUCAGAGAUUUGAGAUGAGUAAGUCCAGGUAUCCAGCUCAAAAAAGAUGUAGAGGCCAUCACCCCUGUGGAGUGGGCAGUUGUGCUGGUCAGGAAAACUGGGUUCUAGUCCUGGCUCUGCCCUAGCCUUCUGCGUGGCAUUCGGUAAGUUAUUAGAUCUCUCUUGGACUCAGUUCUCUCAUCUGCAAAAUGGGGAUAGCAAUUUACGCCUCUCCCUACCUCAUCAACUUGUAUUUCCCAAGCGCUUAGUACAGUGCUCUGCACACUGUAAGUGCUCAAUAAAUACGAUUGAAUGAAUGAAUGAAUGAAUGAAUAGGGAUGUUCUGGGUUAAAAUGAGAUCAUUUAUGUAAGAGAACCUUGACAAAAUAAAAAUGCUAUUAAAAAAACAAGAUAUCAUCAUUAUUUUAAUUAGCAAAAAACAGUCUCUGAGAGGUGGGUUCCCAUGGAGUGGGGCUGGUUUAAAAAAAUAGCAAUUGCAAAAAAGCAGCAAAUUGAAAAACCUUGCUAAUUUUUGACAACCAUAAACAUAUUAAAUUCACAUUUGUUUUUACUAUAAGGAGAAUGGUGGGGUAGGGGGUGGUUUCUGAUGUUUCACACUCUUCCUAAAAUUCAGGUGUGGUUACAGAAAUAUGCUGGUUUGGUCAAAUAAUUUCAGCAGUGUUUCAUAUUACUGAACUUGAAUUACUUGUGAUCACCAAGUGGCCUUGAGUAAAAUGAACUAUUUUUGGAAUUACCAGAAAAUUACUGGAAAAGGAUUCUUUGGAUUUAGAAUGGUAGUAAAUUGUCUAAAGGAUAUUUUGUAGCAUUAUUUGAGGUCUGGAAUUUUGCAUCAAGAAACUGAAGUUAAGUUUCUUGAUACAGAACUCCUCUCUGUCUCCUCCCUUUGUGUCUUUUUCCUCCUCUUUCUCUGAUUUAUUAGUCUGUCUUCUCCCUCACCAUUGUUUUAUUUAAUUUUUUGUUUAUUUUUAAUGGGAUCCGGGUGGGAUUGUCAUGAUUUUUUUUAAAAUGAGGUUUAAAUAUUCCUACUGUAGCUACUGUUGUAAUUUAAAGGUUAAACUUGAAGAGAACUCCAAAUCAUGGUGCCAAAGUCAUUUUUCUAACACCAUGUGUUAGAAGGCUAUGCAAAA